UCAGGAUUCAUUAAGCCUUCUCCUUGUAUGGGAAGCAUCAUCAUGACAUGAGCUGUGCACAACUUACACUAGGAAUACACCGUUUCCCUGUCUCUGGAGGGAAUAUCCAAUGCCAACCUCCAAGUGGGUUCCAAGGAAUGCAGAGAUUAUUAUUGUCUGAUGAUCUUCUUCCCCAAGUGCAAGUGUGCUGUGAAGACCAGGAAAAGUCAGCUCAGCAAAAAACAUGGCAGAUGAACAUGAAGGUCAUGAGAAUGAUGAGAUUAUAGUACCACAAAUUAUGGAACGUCGAUAUGUACCAGCUUCUCUUAAAAGCGUCGCCUGGGAAGGUUUCAACUUUGUUGGACAUGAGAUAAAAAUAGUGGAAUCAACAGAUCUGUAUGGUGCUUUUGUUUGGCCUUCAGCCCUUGUGUUGUGUUAUUUUCUGGAAAAACAUGGAAAACAGUUAUGUAUAGAAGAUAAAAAUAUAAUUGAGAUUGGAUCUGGGACAGGACUAGUUGCAAUAGUGGCUUGUCUACUUGAAAUCGAGACGCAUCAGACCAGGCAACAUUUUUCCAGUCUUCAACAGUCCAAUUUUGGGGCACAAGUUGUAGCAACAGAUCUGGAGGAGCUGAUUGGAAACCUGCAGUACAAUAUACUACGAAAUACCAAAAUGAAAUGUAAAUAUGUGCCACAAGUUAAAGAACUAAUCUGGGGAUCUAAUUUAGAGAAGAAGUUUCCAAAGUCCUCCUCACACUUUGACUAUAUUUUUGCAGCUGAUGUUGUUUACAACCAUCCGUAUCUAGAAGAACUUCUGGAGACACUUGAUCAUUUGUGCAGUGAAAACAGCACUAUCCUUUGGGUUAUGAGAUUUAGGAAAGAAAAUACGCUUCAGGAGAAUGCAUUUAUUCAGAAAUUCCAAAAGCUAUUUGAUAUGGAGGUUAUCUUCGAUCUGCCAAGUCUGAGCAUAAAACUCUACAGAGCUAGAAGACACAAUCAACAAAAAUGAGAAAUAUUAUGAUAAAAUUACAAAUGGGUUAUUAUAUUUUAAACAUAAACAAUAAAUCAUAAAACAAUAAUUAUUCAGG